AAUGUUCCUUCUGUUACAUCUUAUGCUGUUACACAUCUUAGUCUUUCAUGACCUCUCACCCAAAUGAUGAACCGCAUCCCAAUCCUCUUUUUUUUUCUUCUUCUUCUUUUACUUCUUCAAUGUAGUGACUCUCAGCUUCUCCCCAUAGUCGAAGUACAUGAUCGCCAUGAAAGAGAUGUGUACAUCAUCGACGUGGAGAGACAUGAACAGCACCAGCUCCUCAGCGACGGCGAUCUUGAGAGCUUUCACCUCUCCUUCCUCCCAAACUCCACUCUUGACUCCGGUGAACCGCGGCUGCUAUAUUCCUACCGCCAUGUCCUAAGCGGUUUCGCCGCCCGCCUCACUCCAGGAGAGUUGGAGACUGUCAGGUCCAAGCCAAGCUUCCUCUUUGCACAGCGCGACCGCCAUUAUCCGGUUGGGACAACCUACACACCCAAAUACCUUGGCUUAACAACAAGUGGCGUAUGGGAAUCCACGAUGAUGGGCCAAAGUAUAAUUAUCGGUGUAAUAGACAGUGGCAUAAAGUCCAAUCAUCCUUCAUUCGACGAUACCAAUAUGCCACCACCACCACCUCCCACAAAAUGGAAGGGCAGUUGCUCCUACACCGGCUUCCAUUGCAACAAUAAGAUCAUCGGAGCCAAGGCCUUUCGUGGUGGCUUUAACCCUUCCCCUGAAGACACUGAUGGACAUGGAACACAUGUGGCAAGCAUUGCAGCCGGAACCUUUGUCAGAAACGCAAACGUUCUCGGAAUGGCAAGUGGUGGCCCAGCAUCUGGCAUGGCACCCAUGGCUCAUCUCUCCAUUUACAAAGUUUGCUUUCCAAGAUGUGCUGAAACUGACACAUACGCAGCAAUUGAUCAGGCAAUAAAAGAUGGGGUGGAUAUAAUCUCAAUGUCUAUUACUGGAGGGCGGAAUUAUAAGUUCUACAAAGAUUCAGUUUCUCGAGGCUCUAUAGCUGCCAUCCAACAUGGGAUUGUUCCUGUCACAAUAGCAGGAAAUGAUGGGCCUAAUGCGGAUACGCUUAGCCAUAGUGCUCCAUGGAUGCUGGUAGUUGGUGCUUCUACUACUGACAGAAGAAUAGAAUCUGUUGUAGAGCUUGGUGAUGGAAAAUCAUUCAUUGGAGAGUCAGCGUACCAGCCGAAGUUGUGGGAUUCAAGUAUCAUGUGGCCGCUUGAAUAUCCUGGAGUGUAUGCUCGUCUCCCAGGCCGUUGUUGUGUGCCUAGUGCAUUGGCUAGUUUAAACUUAAGAGGUAAAAUUGUGAUUUGCGAGUCGUGCAUAGUUAAAGAUGAGGUAAAGGGACAGGCUGUAUAUAAAGCUGGUGGAGAGGGAAUGAUUAUAAUGAACCAGCCUGUCCAAGGGCGCACCACUUCUUCUUCUGCCAACGUGCUCCCUGCAUCAAGCGUAGAUUACCAUGCCAGAUUAGAAAUUUCAGAAUACUUCUUCAAAGACCAAACCAAUGCAUCUGCAGCCAUACACUUCCAAGGAACCAAAUUUGGAUCAACUCCCUCCCCUACCGUAGCAUCCUUCUCCUCUCGUGGCCCAACCAACAUAAAUGGUGGGAUCAUUAAACCUGACGUGCUUGCGCCUGGUGUGAACAUCCUAGCUGCCUGGCACACAGAUGUUGGCCCAAACCCAAACCCAUUGGCUACCCACACCUUCAACUUUGAUAGUGGCACCUCCAUGGCCGCACCGCAUGUGGCAGGUAUUGUGGCAUUGAUGAGGACCAAACACCAUAGGUGGACUCCAGCAGAGAUCAUAUCAGCAAUUGUGACAACCGCAAAUGACUCAUGGACAGCUGCAGGGGAUCUUAUUGUUGAUGAUAACACCUAUGACACUGCAGGUAUAUAUGCCACGGGGGCAGGGAUGGUGUGCCCGAUCAAGGCCAUGGAUCCGGGGCUAGUGUUUGGGCUUACCUUUGAAGAUUAUGUUGAAUAUAUUUGUGGGCUUGGGUACAGUGAUAGGGAGGUGGCAAUGACAGUGGGAAAGCCAAUGAGUUGUAGCAGGGUCAAACAUCUCACUACGACAGAACUUAAUUAUCCAUCGAUAGUGAUAAAAUUGACACAAAUGGAGAUGAGUCAAAAGGUGACAAGGACAGCAAAGAAUGUGGGAGAUGUGAGAGAGGAAUACACGGCUGAGAUUACAGAGCCAGAAGGAGUGACAAUAAAUCUUUCAACUUACAAACUUAAAUUUACAAGGGUGGACCAGGAGGUGAGUUAUGAUAUACAUUUCGCAUUAAAUGGGGAUUUUCCGAGCCUGAGAAGUGACAUGAUAAGACGAGGGAAAAUUAAGUGGGAUUCAGGGAAGCAUAUUGUGACCACACCAAUUGCUGUUAUGUUCAAAUAAAGGAUUUGUUCAGGCAUAUGCUAAGCAUGAUAUAAAUGUGAGAAGGUGUUUAGCACAAAAAGGUUAGCAUAAAUCAAAGACGUGUCCUUUUCAGAAACACAAAUAAUUUACUUGAUCUUCAUACGCCACUUAAGCUCUUACAAUUGAUAGGACUAACCUUGAGGAUUCUUUGAGCUCUACAUGACUUAUUUCAAAGUCUAUUUUUUUGUAAUUCGUGUAGCACAACAUGCAACAACAUACGCCUCAAUCAAUUUUU